ACACUUCGGUCUCCAUGGCGUUCAUUGAUCUAGAGAAGGGCGAAAACAACGAGUCUUCGGACUUCGUUUUAGGUUCGCUGACGAACAGGCUUUCUACGAUUUUCGAUGAUGUAUCAGCUCACUUACCUUCUCCUGCGCUGUCUGACUGUGACGAGACUUCAGAUGACGAAAGUGCUGUAGGUUUUAGAGAUCAUGUUGCGCCCGCCUCAUUCCUGAUAGAAGGUGAAGAUGUUGAGAAGACGAAAGUAGGAGAUGCUGUAGCUGAGAACGGCGUAUCCCAUUGGAAUGCUAUUGGGGUGAUUCAAACUGAUAGUGUGAAGAAUGAAGACUAUGAACAAAUGGGAUUAAGUGAAACUGAUGUAGGGACACCGUUGCAAGAGCACGUGUCAUCGACUUGUCUGGCUGGUGUGCACCAAGCUGCAUCUUUUGUACACUUGUCAUUGGGUAAACUGAAAUCUGUCGACUUGGAUGCGGUUCUUGCUAGGGUACCAGAGACUGUUGAGUCACACUAUAUUUCAGAGACUGCUGUACAGCCACUGGUUUGUAAGAGACCAGGGACAUCAUCUCUUAUGGAUCAGUUGGCUCAAUUGAGUGUGGAGCAGUCACAAGAAAGUUUGCAGGUUGAGCCUAAGAUGAUGCGAUAUGGAAUGUUUAGUCAGCUACAUGCAGAUUUGGGUACUGUUCAAGAGAAAGAUACAAUGGUAGAGAAGAGCUCUUGCACAAGUGUAACAGAAAAGGUGGACAUGAAGAUCAAAACAGAGGAAGCAGAGAGGGAGACAGUGGUGAUGGAUCUUAGACAAGACAGAAACAAGUUUGCUACUGGUCAAGGUAAUGGGACUGUGAUAUCUGAUCAAUUGCAACAAAGAGUGGUUUCUCAACUUUUAUCAGACACUAACAGAGUUGAAAUUGAGUCUUUGGACAAUGACAGUGAAGAUGACAUAGAAUUGUGGCAGAGACAUCGUCAUGAGUUUAAGUCUCAACACCAACAAUCAGUAAGUGCACAGCUUGAAAGCAAAAGGAGAAGAGACAGAGAAAUAGCUGCGCUACUUGCACAGAAGCAAUUGACACAGAGAUACACUUCUGUUACUGAGAAGAUGCCAGUGCAACUCACACGCUACAAUAAAAUUGCUGAACAGCUAUGUGAACCAACAUCACUUGGCCAAGAGAUUGCAUUGGAGUCACUGAAUCAACAGUCUGUAGAUUCAUCAGAGAAUAUGUGUCUCAGUGGUAGUAUAGAUACAACGAGGACAGAAAAAGAACAUGAAGCGAAAAAGGAGAAAUCAAGAGUUGAACGUGAAAAAAAGGAAAAGGAAAGAAAGCACAGAAGAGAAUUGCAAAGGAAAAUAGAAGAAAACAAACCAGUCAGAACAGUAUCAGGUGCUCAUUCAUCAGCUGUCAACAGUCCCAUACUGUAUCACAUGGAGGCAUCAUUUGAUAAGCCAGUUGCAUCUCUUCCAAAACUUGAUUUCACCCAUGGUAUAGCAGUUCUCUCAGUUUGUCUUACACCAAGUCUAGGCAUUAAUUUACCUCAUUCUUUGUUAUUGACAUCUUGUUCUAAUCCAUCAUAUCAUGGUCUAGUAGUUCUUGUGUCAUGGCUUAUGUCACUUGUUAGAGUAGAGACCAAUCUCAGUCAGCAGUGUGAUGGAGAUGGUUUUGCUGAGAAGAUGGAACCAUUUAGUGUUCUUGGAUGUCAGAUUGUAGUCAGUGGACAUUCUCCUUAUCUUAUAGUAGCAAUUACGAGCAAUGAAGAACAGGCGGGUUCAAUGAUGCAGACGCAAAUUGAAAGCUUUACUAAGGAAGUGGCAACGUUUCUUUCUAAGACAAGUCUGUCUGAACUUUACCACAUUUUGUUUUCAAGCCAUUUAACUAGUAAGCUUUGCUAUCCUAAUGACAGUGUGGACUUGUCAACUAGCGAAUUUACAGUGAGUUUGUCUACACUUGUAUCGUUGAAUGGUGACUUGUCUUUAGCAACCGAAGCUUUCACUUCACCUGCUGGAUUUUAUGCCGUAACAUUGGAUGUUGGAUUUGAGUAUGAGAGCUUUGAUUUGGCUUGUAAUCCCAUUCUCAGUAAUGUGCAGACUUCUGUUUCAAUUUUAAGAUAUGCUGUACUGAAAAGACCACAACAAGUGUCAACUGUAUUGUUACGAAUUUUUCAGUGUGGGCUGAGUCUGUCUGGAUUACGGCUGUUCUAUGAGGUGGAUUGUAGUGAACCAAAAUUAGGUAUAUUAGUGAGAGGAAAAGAUGCUAUUGCAAAAUGGAUAGAAGAGGUAGGACCAGCUGAUCCUGUUUUGGCUAGAACAACUGAUCCAACAUCAUUACGUGCUUUGUAUGGUGGAAACUCAAGAAGCAGUGAAAUGAUAUCGUGUGUGAGAAAUGAGGCCACUAGUCACUGUGCGAUAGUUUAUAGUAUGGGAGAUAGAUUAACAAAUUCUGGAAGUGCAAUACCUUGCCAUUUAUUGCACAUCAAUGCAAGAACGAGAAGAAAGAGUGGUUGUAAGAAACAUCGCUUUCCAUUCUGUUUGCUGGAGAGCGACACUAAAUUGCUCUCAAGGGUUAUUUGUCAAAGUUUGAGUUCUGUUUUGUUGCUCUGCUCACCUUUUGUACCUGUGACAGGUAUAGGAGAUAUUCUCUGCAUAUGUUGUGAACGGGGAUAUUAUAUUAGUGGAGUGAAGAGACUUAAACUCAACAAACAAAAGGCAAGGAGUCUAUCAUUGAAUAGUGUAGGUCAACUUGAGACGUUUACACCUGUUUCUGGUGAUGGUACUUCUUAUCUAUUUAAGCCUUCUCUUGUAAUUAGUCUGGUGAAAGAAAAUGCUGCUGUCCAUGCCCAUUCACUCAUUGAGUGUCUGAUGACUCAUUUUUCUAGUUACUUGAGUGACCAGUGUCAUUUUCAUGCUGUUAAUCCAACAGAUACUGUAUUACAGAAUGGUAUUGGUGAUUUUUCAUCUUUUCCAUCAGUUUACAAAACAGCAGAAUUUAUUCCGUCAAUGGACUGUGCUUCAUCACUGCCACAUUCUACCUUUAUUACCAUGGUGGGUCACAGAGCAGUUGCAUUAAUGGGGAAGCUUUUAAAUAAACUGUUUGAGGGAUCAAAAUUGUUUCAGAAGGGAGCAGUCUUGUCUAAAGAUUGUGCAGUUUUUGAACUGCUGGGAAUCAAAGUAAUACCACAGUUGCCGUCUUACUUGGCAAAGCAGGUCACUCCAUUUGAAAUUGGCUCAUCUCAAUGGAAAACAAGCAUUCAUUCUUUAAGCAACAAACCAACAGGGUUUGUACUCUUGAGAGCAGUUGAUGGCGUAGCAGAGGUAAAGAGGGUGCUUCAUAGCAUGGCCUUAGGCUGUGAGGAAGCCUUGCUAUGUGCGACUCCUCAGGAAUCUGUUCAGUUAGCAUUUGCCAUUUUUAAGGAAAGUGAAGUCUUUUCAGAUGUCAGCUGCAACACACUUACUCAAUAUCUGCCUAUGUUUAUCUCUGUUGAAGCAGCAAAUGAUAGAGUGAAUAAGACUGGAAACAGCAGAAGAAAGAGAAGUGGACAGAGUGAUACUGCUGGGAGCAAUGUUUCGAGUGUGCAAGACAGUGUAUUGAAUAGUUUAGUCAAGGCACCAUUCAACAUAACAACAGUAGCUGUGCUGAAACCACAUGUGUUGAAGAAACAUGUGGCUGCUAUUUUAAAUCAUUUGGUUAGAACUGGUUUUUCCAUUGUAGGAAUGGACAUGAGAACACUGACAAUAGCUGAAGCUGAAAUUUUGUCUAGACAUGCAAGUAGUCAAGACAAUUUGGAUCAAGACAUGCUAAAUGUUCAUGUGAAACAUUUCAGACGUGGCCCUUCUCUUAUACUCUGUCUUAUGGCUGUUAAUAGUGUGAAACGGUUGCUUGAUUGCCUUGGCCACUGUAAUCCAAACGAGGCAAGAAUGACAGAUCUGUAUUCACUAAGAGCAACAUAUGGUGUUGAUGAAAUAGACAAUGGAAUAUAUGGCAAUACCCUAUGCAACGUUUUCCAAAAUACGUCUUUUUGAUAUGAUGUUAUUGAAUGCACUGAUGGUAUCGACCAGAGUUCUUUCCAUUGCAUCUCCGAAAUUG